CGGGAACCAAACAAAUGGUAGAUAUGGUAAAUCUGACUUUGAAUUGAUUUUACAUUUUUAUCUCCAAAAUGACUUCGUCCUCCUGCUGUUGGGUAAAGAAAACAAUAAAUGGACCUGUCCCAGCUCCAAGGCAGGGUCAUGCAGCAGCGGUUGUUGACAAGAAGGCGUACAUCUUUGGUGGUAGCAGUGGGAGUUGGUUUGGUGGUGAACACAGUGAAUCCACUAGUGACCCUGUUUACUUGAAUGACCUGUUUGUUCUUAAAAUUGGAAUACAGGUCACCUGGGAAAGAUUGCAACAACUGGGAGAUAUUCCUUGUGUAAGGGAUGGACACACUUUGAGUGCUGUUGGUACUGUUCUCUAUCUUUUUGGUGGAUCAAAUUAUCCAGAAUCUGAUGAAUGUUUAGAUGGGUUGUAUGCCUAUGAUAUUGGGACAUUAUCUUGGGAGUUGUGUCCAACUCAAGGACGUCAACCCAAAGCCUUAGGACACACAACCGCAGUAGUAGGAGACACAUUGUAUAUAUUUGGAGGAAUAUAUCAUGGGACUGCCACAAAUACUCUCUACAUGCUGAACACAGGGAAUUUAACAUGGACUCCUCUAAAAGCAUCUGGAAACCCUCCCUCAUCCAGAUGUGAUCAUGCUUGCACUGUGGCUGGUGAGAAGUUUUACAUUAUGGGAGGGACUGGGGGAAAGAAGCUGUGGUACAAUGAUUUACAUGUCUUUGAUACAGUGACACUGAGAUGGGAGGCUGUUAAUGUACAGGGUCAUAAACCACACACAAGGAGUCUUCACACCUUGUGCGCACAUCAUAGCAAGGACAUUUAUUUAUUUGGGGGUUCAAACGAUGUGGCAAAAGUUACAACACCGUUUGAUGACAUAUACAAGCUUAGUUUGACUAAACUGAAAUGGAAGAAACUUCAAUGCUCCGGUGAAGGACCUGACAGAAGACACGGGCAUACUGCUGUGAUGAUUUACGGACAGCUCAUAAUUUUCGGCGGAAUGGAUGACCAGAAGGAUUUUGAUGAUGUUUGCAUAUUGCAGACACGUGCUGCCUUGAAGCACCUCCCCCAAGAAAUGACAGAAACAGACGUACUGUCGUCAUCUCUGUCCAGUGGCGGUAGUGAUAUGUUAGGCCCCCUGACAUCUUACGAUUUGUCGAUACAAGUUCCUGCACCGUACAGACCUGUUAUUCCUGCUGUUACCGAGCCUGCUAAACCCCCUGAGUUUGAUGAUGUGAAAGCGUCGUUCACCAAACGAGUUGAAGAGAUUUUUGAAGAUCUUUCAAACAAGUAUGCGGAGGUUCAAACACAGAGGGAAGCGUUGAAGAACGCGGUGGAAGCUUUCCAAGAAGAAAGGACAUCACAUAUUGAGUUGUAUGAGAAACAACAGAAGGAGCUGGAGGACAUGAUAAACAAACACAGAGUAGAAAAUGAGGAAUGGAUAAACGCACGGAAACAAGAACUUGAGGAGGAAAGACAUAGAUUAGAAUUGGAAAAGAGUCAAUUGGUUGAAGAAAGGGAAAGACUUCGAAAGGAAAAGCUAGAAUUUGGCGAAAAAAUUGAAGCUAUCGAAAAGCUCGGUGGUGGAGCCAACCAUCUAUUGAAUGGAGUUAGCUAAACACAGAAUCAUUCAAUAAUACAUUGGAGCACUAUUCGACUGACUGUCGUAAAACCGAAACCAUAAUAAUCACAACGACCAAUCAGAAGAAAGGAAAAUACCUUAAAGAGCCAAUGAGAACUCAGAGUACAACCGACAAAACUUUCUAACGCGCGGGAAAACGCGGGCGACGAAGUCGUGACUGGUAUCAGUUUUGCUUUUGAUUGGUUGAGAGAAUGGCGCAAAUUUGCGGGACCAAUCAAAACGAAUAAAAAAAACGACAACAACAAACAAUCACGGAUCACUUUCCGACCCUUGAUUGGAAUUUGCAUCUAGACUAUCAACGAAAUUAACUAAGUAGAGAAUUCCACCAAGUGAAUCGAAACACCUCACAGAAAAGCACUUCAAUGACGCUUUACAUGUAAUAAAGCACAAAUAUUUGUUUAUAAUGAGUAGUGUCCGUAUUUCUUCAGCGGAGUAUAUUCUUUGCCCUACCCAAACAUAAUUCACCGGGGCGUUAUUGCCAGUGAGAUUUAUAAACGGGACUACAGUUUAUCCCCACCAUUCCGGUCCUCAUUAAAACAGUGAUACCCCUCCUUGAUUCAUUUUGCCCUCUUAGUUACUUCCACCCCACCCCAGGGUGUUGUUAAGGAAGCCCCCCUGUCUCAGUGACUGAAUCUUUUCUAGCGCAAGAUACUCCACUGAUCAGUCGCCAUCGCCGAACGAAUUCGAGCUCGCUGAUACAAAUUGCUAGACAUCAAUUAAUGCAAGGUACGCACCCCUUCCC